AUGAGGCAAAUGGGUUUUGGUGAUAUUUGGAUUCAGUGGAUCAAGGGUUGUCUCUCAUCUUCUAGAGCUUCGGUUAUUACCAAUGGGUCGGUAACUAAAGAAUUUCCCAUUAUGAGAGGGGUUCGACAAGGUGAUCUGCUUUCACCUUUUCUAUUCAUUAUUGACAUGGAAGGCUUAAACAUAGCUAUAAAGUUUGCCUCCUUCGGGUUAAAGGUUAACUUCAACAAGUCCAAAGUAUAUGGUAUCAGUGUUUCCAACAAUGAUGUGGCUAGUUGUGCUUGGAUGCUUGUUUGUGACACGGCUUCUCUCCCCUUUAACUACUUAUGGAUGCCGUUUGAGGCGAAUAUGUCUCUCAAACGCAAUUGGCGGCCUAUAAUCGAGAGGGUUCAAUCCAAACUUUCCGUUUGUAAAGAAAAAACUUUAUCUCUUGGUGGUCGGUUGAGUCUUGUCAAAUCGGUUCUUGGAAGUCUUCCUCUAUUCCAUUUUUCUUUGUUCAAAGUUCCUAAAUCUGUAGUGGAUUAUCUCGAAAAGCUGCAGAGAAACUUUUGGUGGGGAGGAGGUGAUGACAAGAAAAAAAAUGUUGGCUGGAGUGGGAUGUUGUUCUUAGGGCGAAGGAGAGAGGAGGCAUCGGGGUGGGCUCAUUGUUGUCCCUUACUUAGGCUCUUAUCUUCAAAUGGUUGUGGAAUUUCAAAAUGGAUACAAAUGUGUUGUGGAAAAGGGUCAUAUGUAGGGUGCAUAACAGUUAUUGGAAACCGAUUUAGUCUUGGGUGA